GUUAGGAGCUGCGCUUCCUUCGACAUGUCUGGCAAUCGCCGUGAUGACGAUCUCGCGUACGGCGACUACCAUGAUCAGGGCCGUGAAGGUCAGGAGGGGGACCGUGGCAUGAUUGGAGAUAUCGGUAGGAAAUUCUUUGGUGGAAGUAAGCCACAGGGCCAAGGCCAACAGCAAGGAUCUUCCAACGAAGGUGGGAUGUCGUUCGUGUUCGAUAAGCUUCACCAAGCAGUUCACGGGAUUGGUUCAGAUAUCAAAGACAAGAUCUCAGGAAAGGAAGAGAACAGGCCUCCUCAGGGUGGCUACUCGGGACAAUCGGGGGGUCCGCCUCCACAGCCAGGUCAGGAGUACCAUUCACAGCAUCGCUACCUAAGCUUUGCUCCUGAACGUCACGGAAAUGAUGUUAAGUGGUACGUCGAUGGGUGUGGCUACAUGUGGGCUGUAUCCAUUGCCAUAGAGCGUGCCCGAGAAUCGAUUUGGAUUCUUGACUGGUGGCUCUCCCCCGAAUUGUAUCUUCGACGACCGCCCGCCAAAAACCAGCAAUACCGCCUCGAUCGUAUGCUAGAAGCUGCCGCACAACGUGGCGUCAAGGUCAAUAUCAUUGUCUACAAGGAGGUUACUCAAGCUCUAACGCGUAAGUUGCUCAAUCCAACGUUGCCUGAAUAUCUCCAUUCUCUCCUUCCCUCGUCUACGGACUCUUUCACAAAGGCGCUCACAAGAGUCGGCCUCGAGGUUAUUUUCAAAUCAAUGGAGGAAGUGGAAAAGACGGAUCCGCUGAUUGCUCCGCCUAUAACAGUCUCUUCUUCUCAUACCAAGCACCAUUUGGAAGAUCUCCAUCCAAACAUUUCCGUUUUCCGGCACCCAGACCAUCUACCAGAUGCCAAGGUCCUACAGUCGUCCUUCAUCUCCUCAAUCCAAAACAUGUCGUUCAAUCCCGCAAAACUCGCUCAGAUGCCUGUAGAUUCGCUUCAAGCAAUCUAUGGUGCUCAUGACGGCACAGUCCUAUAUUGGGCACAUCAUGAGAAGCUAUGUCUUAUUGAUGGCCAGACUGCCUUCAUGGGGGGUCUCGACCUUUGCUACGGUAGAUGGGACACGCACUCGCAUCCGAUUGCCGACGCACAUCCUGGAGAUCUUGACCAGAUUGUCUUCCCUGGUCAGGAUUACAAUAAUGCCAGAAUAAUGGACUUCCAGGAUGUAUCACACCCUGAUAACAAUAAACUUGAUAGAACCCAGAGCUCACGCAUGGGUUGGAGCGAUGUCUCGCUGUGUCUAUCUGGGCCCGCUGUCCAGGAUCUUCGUACUCAUUUUACGCAGCGAUGGAACUUCAUCUACGACGAAAAGUAUAGCAAGAAGGCCACGAGAUACCAUAGACUCGAUGACACCCUUAGUGGUGCACAGCAAGGAGGCCAGUUUGCACCUCCGCCCCAGCAACGCGGGUUCGAUGAUCAAGAAGGCGAGCGCGGUUUUGGUCGUGAUGAUGACGGCCAGACAGGUGAUCGUGGAUUCUUUGGGGGUGGUGGUGGCGGCGGCGGUGACGGAUUCCGCUCCAAGAUGUUUGCGCGUGUGAACGAGGGUUACCACCAAUUCGAACAGCAACACGGCCACGGUCGUCCCCAGCAGCAUCAACAGCAAUCUCACGCCGAACACAGCGCUCAGCGUAGCAGUGCUGAUUGUCAGAUCACCCGAUCCUCCGCGAAAUGGAGUCACAAUAUUUCUACGGAGCACUCGAUCCAGAACGCCUACUGUGAGAUCAUCAAGAACAGCAAGCACUUUAUCUACAUCGAGAACCAGUUCUUCAUCACGGCUACUGGAAACCAACGGAAGGCUGUUAAGAAUCAGAUCGGUGCAGCAAUCGUCGAGCGUAUCAUACGCGCCGCGCGCAAUGGCGAGAAAUACAAGAUUUUCGUCAUGAUGCCUGCCGUACCUGCAUUCGCUGGCGAUCUCAAGGGUGACGAUGCCCUUGGAACACGCGCCAUCAUGGAAUUCCAGUACGAAUCUAUCAACCGUGGCGGCUCCUCUAUCUAUGAAGAGAUUGCCAAGGCCGGCUUCAAUCCUAUGGAAUACAUUCGAUUCUACAACUUGCGUAGUUACGACAGGAUCAAUGCCAGCGGGGCCAUGCGUGCGGCCGAGGAACAGAGCGGCGUGUCGUAUCAGCAAGCAGCUGAGCAGCGAGACGCCCAGUAUGAGCAGAGCAGGGGUGAUUACCAAGCUUAUCGUCCACCACCCACUUCGGAGUACGGCAUGUACGAAAUGGAUGGGACUAGUGCUCCCAACAGGCCGCAAGAGUUGGACUCGGGCUAUGGUGGUGGUCAAGGUUAUGGCGGACAACAAUACCAGCAAGGUAAUCAAGGCUACGGUGGGCAACAGCAACAGCAAGGUGGAGGUCAGGGGUACGGCCAACCAGCUCACGAGGCAUAUCAACAAGGCGCCAGCAAGAUUGGUGGCCGCCAGGGCUUGGGCAGCGGGCGUUGGGAUUCGGUCUGCGAAUGCUAUAUGCUCGGCGGAGAAGACAUUCGAAAUGUUCCUUGGGAGGGUGGCGCCAUGGACGAAAUCGACGCCUUUGUCUCGGAGGAGUUGUAUGUUCACAGCAAGCUCCUCAUCGCGGACGAUCAAGUUGUCAUUUGCGGCUCUGCCAACUUGAACGACCGUUCUCAGCUCGGUGACCACGAUUCCGAAAUUGCCAUUAUCAUUCACGAUCCCCAAACUGUCGAAUCUUACAUGGAUGGUCGCCCAUACCGCGCCUCAAAGUUUGCCACUUCCCUCCGCAGGGAGAUCUUUAGGAAGCACCUUGGUCUUCUCAAGCAUCAGGCCUACGAUCGCCCCGACCAAAACUUUGAGCCGAUCGGUGUCCCUAACGCCUACGACUUUGGCUCGAACGAGGAUCGCCAAGUUGCCGACCCCCUUUCCGACGAGUUCCAGAACCUCUGGAAUUGGCGUGCAAAGACCAAUACUGACGCCUUUGGCAAAGUGUUCCAUCCCGUACCCUACGACGGCGUGCGAUCAUGGAAGCAAUACGAUGAGUACUACUCUCGCUUCUUCAACCAGACAGCCGGCGACAACGAUAAGAAUAAGAAGCCCAGCCAGUAUAAGUGGGGUCACGUUGUUGCAGAGAACUUCAGCCCUGGUGAGCAGGGAGUUAGGGAGGUCAAGGAGGUUCUAAGCACAAUCAAGGGAACGCUUGUGGAAAUGAGUUUGCUCUUCUUGAAGGAUGAGGACAUGGCGAAGGAGGGCUUGGGUUUCAAUGCUUUCACGGAGGAUAUCUACACUUAAGCGGCAUACAUGAUGCAAUAGUGAGUAAGCGAUAGGUAGGUAUAUAUUAGCUAUGAUAUGACUGAAACGAAUGACGAAC